CAUCUAUCUGAGAAGUGCUUGGCUAUGGAAUUGAUCUCUCACUCCUUGAGUUCCUCCAGUGUUAACAUAGAAAUGCUAAUGCCCAAUUUAGUUCAGCAUUUCGAUAUCUAUUUUGGAUCCUAUUGGCAACUUAGGACAAAGUAAUUUGUAUCCUCUUGGCGGCAUCUUAUUGGGACAAAAGGGCUGGUACCCUAUAAGAAGAAACAGGACAGGCAGGGAAGAAAUUUCCAUAGUAGCGAAGAAAAUGUAUCACCUGUUCUUUUCUCAGCCUUGAAUGACGGAAUCACCUGUUCUUUUCUCAGCCUUGCAUCACUCCGUCAUUCGACAUGUGGAGCAAUAUUCAGCUGUUGUGGGGUUCAAAAUACUCUGUGAAGCUGUAUAACUCUUUCUGCUAGUUUUGUAGUUGGGGUUUGACAUGUUGCCGUUUUGAUUUUCAGGCUUCAUGAAUAAAAACUAAACUGAUUGGCAGCUUCAGACGAAAUUUUUUACAUCUUAUCUUAGCCUGUUAGCCCAGAUUAUUGUUUACCACAUAAACUAAGACCCGUUUGAUUUUCAGGCUUCAAUGAAUAAAAUGAUAGAAACUAGCUGAUUGGCCACUCCAUGCGGAAUCUCUUAAUCUUAAUCUGGGCAUAUAAACAUGGAUUAAGACGUAGUUUCAAGUUUGGCAGAUUUCUUAGAGAUUGGUUAAGAGUUAUAUACUAGCUUAUUAUUAUUCUUUUUUUUUGUCGGAGACGAAAAUUGUUAUGUAACAUAUUCUAUCCUAAACUAGACAGGAGGUGGAGCGUAAAGAAACUUGUGUUGGGGACUAGCAUGUAUACAGAUCUUAUUAGAUCAAAGGAGUACUUUGGCACCACUCUUGAAUUUCUUGUGUUGGGGACUAGCAUGUGUACAGAUCUUAUUACACAUGAUCUUAUUAGAUCAAAGGAGUACUUUGGCACCACUCUUGAAUUUCUUGUGUUGGGGACUAGCAUGUAUACCGAUCUUAUUAGAUCAAAGGAGUACUUUGGCACCACUCUUGAAUUUUUUUGGCUGCAGAUGAGAUUUGAACCUUCACCUACCGCCCAAGUGGGAUUUCCGCCCAAAUGGGAUUUAUUGGUGGCUAUUGAGUUUGACUUAGUGGUUACCAGUCUAUUAUAUUAUUUAGUGGGUCGAAUUAAUUUUUGAGGUUUUCAUAUUUGACGCGUUCUCUGACAUUCUAUUUGACUUGGAUGACUUAAAUCAGAUAUUCACCUUCACAUACUAAUUAUUGUUUGAGUAUUGCAUUAUUGGCAUAUUCCCGUUCCACGCCUUUAUUUAUUUAUUGGGGGCCGGGCCACUCAAAAUUUCUUACCAGUAUAUAUUUUCAGUAGCGCCUUUAUGAUUCGGGCAUCUCGGGGCCAGCAAAUCACGCCUUUGCUCUAUGUUCAGAUAAUAAAGCGCGUGAGAAGCAGAAAGCACCCGCAUGAUGGCGGGCGGCGAUCCGAUUCUUGAGGAGGCAGUGUAGGUGGAAAGAAAGAAACUAAAAAGAGAAACAAAAAAUAAAAAAAAAUGGGAAUUCCAUCAGAAAUGAGAAAUACCUGGCUGAAUAAAAGAAGAGAAUCGUUGUGGAUUACAUCUCCAGCUGAAGAAGAGAAGAUUCGUCGAUCAAGGGAGUGCACUCGAGAAGGUGUACGUGCAGGAGCCAAGGCAGCUGCAAUUGCUUGUGUUGCCAGUGCUAUCCCAACGUUGACUGCUGUUCGAACAAUUCCUUGGGCUAAGGCAAAUCUCAACUAUACUGCCCAGGCACUCAUUAUAUCUGGCGCUUCUAUUGCAGCAUACUUUAUAACUGCAGACAAAACUAUCUUGGAGUGUGCCAGGAGAAAUACACAAUACGAUAAAUCAGCUUAAAGCGAAGGAGGAUCUGCUGGUGUAGUUGCAACAUCUAGUAAUUAUGUACAUCUCCUGCUAUGGCCACCACCGCCUGCAUUACUGCAUAUGAGUUGGAUGUUGUUUUCCAAAGUUUUGUGUAAUGCCUAACCUAAAUCUUUCUUCGAUGUCUCUUCUAGGUAGAAUUCGAAUCAGAACUGCCUUAUCUUUAUGCUUCACUUAAGCGCAAGGUGGUGGUUCCACAUCUUCCUUGGUUGGUUGUUUACAAACGCUUGCUAAGGUGCUUUUUGCUUGGGUUCUAGGACAAUUUCGUCAUUCUUGAUUUUCC